AUGCCCGACGCCGAGGACAACCCCCCUGCGGACGCUCCCCCCGAAGAGCCUCCCGCGGAGGAGCCUCCCGCGGAGACACCUGAGGAGAAACCUGCGAAGGAACUUCCGAAGACAUGGAAUUAUUUCAUCAUGGGUUUCUUGAUCUUGACUUAUCUUGUUUUCGGUUACGCUAUGUGGUAUUUGUGGAAUGACGGGCCAUACAAAGCCUGGUUAGCAGAGAAUGAAGAACGGAGGCGGCAAGGUCUGCCGCCUGCUUCAUCGAAUGGUGGUUCUGGUCGUUUUCGACGCAGCAUCCCAGAGGAGAUGACAUCCUCUGUCCCCACCAUUUCCACAUUCACAAACGACGCUCCAUGCAAUCAAGGAGCUGUAGCAGAAGGCGAAACACGGAAAUUCCUCCCCCUCUGCACAUUCGCUUGCGCCCACGGGUACUGUCCUUCACCCUGCGUUUGCACAGGCCACGGCAAGGAAUCUCCUCUCCCUCCUAAUACAGGUCUCCAGGCCUGUCGUAUCCAGGGAACAGAGAAAGAAAACGAUGGGCUGUGCGCUUUCGCUUGUGCCCAUGGCUAUUGUCCAUCAGCAUCCUGCACGACUGGAUGUGAGGAGACGAAUAGAAAGAUGAACAAACUAGAGUAG